UUUCUCUCGUAGUAGUAAGAGAUAAAAAAACAUGAUAGCACAACGUCCACUGGUGAUGUUGGCGGCGAUGAUGGCCGUGAUGUACAUGGCAGCAGCGGAAGGCCAUGGCGGUGGAGGAGGUGGAGGCGGAUAUGGUGGUGGCGGUGGAGGAGGUGGUGGAGGCGGAGGAUUUGGAGGCGGUGGAUUUGGCGGAGGUGGAGGGCAAGGAGGCGGUGGAUUUGGCGGAGGAAGCGGCGGCGGCAGCGGUGGAUAUGGGCGGUAGUAGCGGUGGCGGUGGAUUUGGAGGUAAUGGAGGCGGUGGAUUUGGCGGAGGAAGCGGUGGCGGCAGCGGUGGAUACGGCGGUAGCAGCGGUGGCGGUGGAUUG